AUGGAGGAGAAGCAUGGUUUUGCAGAUGACAUGGAAUUCGAGAUACUAACAUGGCUUCCAGCUAAGUCUCUCAUGAGAUUUAGGUGUGUUUCUAAAGCUUGGAACAGUUUGAUACGACAUAAUCUCAACUUUAUCAAGUUGCACAAUGCUCGUUCUCAAGCCCGUCCCCCGGCCAGCCGCCUCUUAUUUGAAAUACAAACAUGCUAUCGUGCAGUUGUAGAAAGCACUUCCAAUCUCCCAACACAACUUGAAGGAUUAUCUUUACAACUCGCACGUCCUCGUCAUUACUUCAACUCAACGGAGAUCACUAUUUGCUCAAAUCAUUGCAAUGGCCUUGUUUGUCUCUAUAGCCAUAAAGAUACUCAAAGUUACUUGUACAAUAUCACCACAGGGGAGAUAAAAGCUUUACCAUUUUCUCUGAGGCUUCCGGAAGGAUGGACUCCUUCGUUUUUUCUGGGAUUUGAUCCAGCCACGAAAAGAUACAAAUUGCUUCAUGUUGUUAAGUGCAAGAAAAGAACAAGGAUCAAGAUUCUAACUCUAGGAACCCAUUCUUGGAGAAGAUUAGUCUGUGAAAAGCAGUACCCCUUUACAUCUUAUUCUCACACUUGUACCUUCCUCAAUGGGGUACUUUAUUGGAUUGAGUUGCACAAGCCUAUUACCUACUUCAACUUCACAGAGGAGAAGUUUAGAACUAUUCCAUUCCCACAAGAGAGUUAUUUGAAUAAAAUGCAAAGUGCACUAUGGGGAAAGCUGGCUGUCAACUGUCGCUUCGCUGAAAAAUAUAAUAUGGUAUACGAUGAGGUCAAUAAGGUUUUCGUGGAAUAUAACACUAAUCCCGAUUUGGAGAACAAGAAGGUUGCCUUGCUUGCAGCAGAAAACGUUGAUGAGAAAACAUAUGGAAACAUAGUUUUAGCAACAGGGAGCCUUAAUAGCGCCUCAACUUCUUUGGUAUUCCCCGAUCGUUUUCGGUUAAUUCAUGUUAGCAGUUUUGUUGAGAAUAUUAUCCCAUUAACAUUUAUUGAGUAA